AUUGUGGAAAGCAAUAUUAUGUAAAAAUAAAUGAAGAAAUCUCGUUAGAAAAAUUAGCAAAUUUAAUUCUAAUUUUCAAUAAUUCAAGAUUAAAUAUUUUUUUUUAGAUUUAAAAUUUUAUACUGAAAAAUAUUUUACUAAUAUUCUUUUUUUUUUUUUUUUUAAACCUUUUUUCGUCUUUAAAUUUUAAAUUAUGGCUAAUCGUAUUGAAAAAUUUAAAAAGGAACUAGAAGCUUUCAUAGAAAAACAUCCUGAACCAGUUCAAUGCAAUGAUUUUUUUAUGGAUGCGGUGAAGUUAAUUAAUUAUGGUUUAUUAAGCUUUGAAUUAUCAUAUUCCCGUUUAUCAGUUGACUCGGCUAUUUUUACAAUUUUAAAUUGUGCUUCAAGUAUUAUGUUAUACAUACAAAAAGCAGAUUUACUUCAACCGCUUAACGAAAAAGCGUUUAUUGUUUACAUGGAAUUGAGUUGUACAAUAUCACGGUUAAAAAGUGUGAUACUUUCAGAAUUAGUUUAUGUUAAAGAAAUUGAAGAUAAAUCAAUCCAAGAUAUUUCAAAAGAACAGUAUUUAUGUGAAUCAUUUAAAUCUAAGUUUGAAACUUUUGAAAACAAUUUAACUGAAAAAGAUGUACAACCAAUUAAAGAGGCUUUUAGUCUAUUCCUGAUAGAAUAUAUUAAAUUUUUAUCAAAAUUAAGUGAAAAUAAAAUUCUUAAGAAGAAUAUUAAGUUGCUUUUAGAAGUUGCAGACUAUAAUCUUCUUCUAAACAACUUACAUAAUUAUUGUCAUUUGAUUCCCUCAAGUAAAAAAGUAGUAUUUUUACAAAAGUUAAUCAAUUUUAGCAUUGAAAAUCAUUUUAGUCUGGAAGAUUGCAAAUUUAUUGUGGACUUAAAUAAAGAUUAUAAAUUGGAAGCAUGCAUAAUGACUUAUUACACUUUAAAAAACUACUGUGAACAUUUUACUAAUAAAAAAAUGAAUCAAACAUCAAGCAUCUUCGCAAAGUUAAACUUAGAUAAUAUUAUUUCCUUACUUGAAUCUGAAAUGCCUGAUUCAACUGUUGAUGAUAUAUGUUUUGAAGCAGUAGAGUUAUUUAUAUUUAAAAAAUACGAUAAAGUUUCACCAAUAUCUUCCUAUGAAAUAAAAAAUUAUGUUAAUAUUUUACAAUCAUUACAUGACAUUUAUAGUGAUCACCAAUUUCGUAAUUAUAGAUGUUCUUUUACAAUAGUAAUCUUAUCAAUGAUAUAUGAACUUGUUUUAAAUACAGAUUUAAAAAAAUCAGUAAUCAUAUCAUUAAUGAAUCUAUUAAUAGAUUACUUAAAAACAUGUAAACUUCCAUCUAAUUUUAAAGCAGCAAAUUACACACUCAUAAUUUAUCAAAAAAUCAAAUCAGAUCAUGAGAUGGAAGCUCUAGUUAAAUUAUUAUGUAAAGUACUGUCAGAAAGUAUGGGAUUACAUAAAUUAGAUUAUAAUAUUAGCAAUGAUCUAAUGGAAGUAUUUGAUAAUAAUAAUGACUUAAUUGACAAAUGUUUUAUUGUAUCUCAUUUUUUGUGUAAUAUUAAUGAUACAAAUGCAAAAAAAGAUAAAAAUGUAAAUGCUCUUCUUCAAAAGUUAAAUGAAAGUAUAAUUUUUAAUUCAAACGAAUCAUUAACAUGUCAACUUAUUUUACCUUACAGUUUAUCCCUUCACUUUUCUAUUACAACAAAAAAUGAAGAUUUCAUUUAUAAUAAUUUUGCUGUCUUAGAAAAAUAUAUUGACAUUUUGUUUGAUAAAAAUCAAUUAAGUCAUAUGGAUGAUAAGAAAUAUUUAACUAGCAAGUUAUUAAAACAUUACAAUGAAAUUUCUAAUUGUUUGCCUAAAAGCUUUUUAAUUAAUUGUUGGAAAAAUGUUUUAUAUCCUGACACAUUAGGUCUUAAUAUAGCCAAAACAUUACUUCAAAUGUGUUCUGCCAAAGUUUUGAAUGAGUUCAUUGAAAUUUUAAAAACUGAAACGUUAAAAACAAUUGAAAAGGAUAAAUCAUCAGAAAAAAAUUAUUAUUUGUUUAUAUAUCAAUUAUGGUCAUGCUUGUUGAAUAUGCAAUAUUUGAACAAAAAAAGAAAAAUCCGCAGAGAUUCUGUAAAUCAUUUUGGAUUUAUUUUGAAUAAAUACUAUAUGUUCAAUUUAAAAAAGAAACAUACAAAUCAAGGAUUUAUUUUACUCAUGAAAAUACUUUCUUUAAUGCUUAAAGUUCAGUGGGUAAACAAACCUAUAAUAAUAAAUUCCUCGUUACGUGUAAUAACUCUGGUAGAACAAAAUUCAUCUUUAAAUGAAGAAGUUUUGACAGAAAUAACUGAACUGUUAAUUGUUUUGUAUAAAUGUUCCAAUAAUGCUAUAAAACCAUACUUGAGCUUAUAUAUGAUUACAUUCGCUAAUAUAGUAAAACGAUGUUGGCUGUAUUUAAUGGAAAAAAGUGAUAUUAAUUCUAAAAAUGAUAAAUAUUUACUUAAGCCCUUUCACAAACUUGACAAGUGUUCUAGCUUAUUUAAAAUAAAUAAGUCAGACUUUAGUGAUACAAUACAGUACAUAAUUGGACAUUUAAUUGAGCUUCUUACCUUACAUAAGCACCUACCACAAGGAUUUAUGAGAUACUAUUACAAUAUAAUAUUUAAUUUAAUGGAUGUUUGUGGGCGACUUGAAAUGGCACAACUAUUGGCUACUGUCAAAGGACCUUGUUUAAUGGUAUUGUCUAGAACUUAUGAAGAUUAUAGAUCAAAUGUUAGAUUUAUUGGAAGACUAUAGUGUUUAAACAGUAAUUUAAUUUUGUAAAAUAAUUUUAACCUAAAAAUUAUAAAAGGGAUAGUUCCUAUACAUAAAAUAAAAAAACUAUAUUAACUAUAAUUUCAUGUAUUUUUUCUUUUUUCAGUUUGUAAACACUCAAACUUACUGUUUGUAUAGAUAUAUAUAGGUGUUUAGUAAGUGAGGAAACUGGUUUCUAUUAUUCUCAUUGUAACAACUGACCUAUUCCUUUAUUUACUGAACACCUUGUAUAUAUAUAGGUAGAAUAGAUCUAACAUACAAACUAUAACUUUUGAUACAAUUAAUAUUUCUCUGUUAUUAUUUUUUUUAAAUCUUAAACCAUGUUAAAAGCAUAUUUGUAUUAUUUUUCUCUAAUAAGAAAAAAAUUUUCAUUUCUUAA